AACAACAACAACAACAACGACGACGACGACCUGUCGAUCUGAAAAUAUAGCAAAAAAAAAAAAAAAAUCCAGAUCAAAAUAUGAUGGCUAGUUCGAUUGUACAGAUGGAACCAGCUACAGCACGUUUAGCUGGUGGUGGCGGUGUUGUUGGUGGUGCUGGUGGUGGUACAACAAAUCCAUUAGCAAUGUUAACAGCACAAUGCAAUAAAUUAGCAUCGAAAACACCACCACCAUUGGCCGAUGCAGCCGUUGGUAAAAGUUUUCAUCCAUGGAAAAAAGCUACAUCAUCAUCAUCAUCAUCGAAUUCAUCAUCAACGACAAACACAUUGACAAAUACAAUCGGAAAUAAUAAUAACAAUAAUAAUACAUCAAUUUCACCACCAAUUAAUCAUCAUACACCAUCACCAAAUUCUGCAGCACCACCAAAUGCUGGUUUACCUCAACAACGAGCCUCAUCAUCAUCGAAUGCCGGUUCACCACCGACAUCGAUUGGUCAAACAAUGUAUAAUACAAAUAAUAAUAAUAAUCGAUCACCAUUAAAUUCAACGCCCAAUUCUAAUAAUAGUAAUAAUUCAGCUAUCGGUUAUAGUACUGCUGAUAGUAUAUUUAGUGUUUAUACACCGGCACCACCACCACCACCACCUCAUUCUUCUGUUACUACUUCCUGUAUGUUAGAUGGUAGUGGUAAUGUAGGUACAACAGGACAAUCAUCGAGCUUUUUUAGUAAAAUGCAUUCACAUCAUCAUCCGGGUGAUCAUCAUCAUACACACACCCCACAUCAUACAAAUCAUACAGCCGCUAGUAAUCAUUUGAGCACCAGUCAUAUGUAUUCACGAAUGGCUACAAAUCCAUAUGCUGUUGAUAGUUGGCCAUUUGGAAUGAAUACUUCUGGUCAUCAUCAUGGUGCUUGUAUCAAAAAUGAUCCAGUCACACAAUCGUCAUUGAAUCAUCAUGCAGCCGCCGCCCAUCAUCAUCAUCAUCAUUCAUCAAGUUGGUGGGAAAUGCCCACAGCUACCGGUAGUAGUUGGCUUGAUAUGGCACCUACAUCGGCUACAGCCACUACUGGUCUUCAUACUGGGCUACAAGCUAAUGCAUAUGGUUCACCUGCUACUGAUUAUGGUCUUGGAUCAUCAUUAGCCGCUGCUGCUGCAGUUGCAGCAUCAGCACAAUCGGCUGCCGCUGUGGCAACAGCCCAUCCAUUACUUUCUGCAUCUGGUCAACAUUUGUUGCAAGAUACAUAUAAAUCAGUGUUGCCAACCAGUCACCAGAAUCCGACGGCAACAUCACCGUUUGGUUUAUCUGCAACCACACAAUCAACGACUGCAGCGAUCACUGCCUCGAUUCCACCGGCUGCUUCAUCGGCCAAUCAAUCAUCAUCGACAACAACAACAACGACAACAUCAACUCGAUCACAACGUCGUUAUACUGGGCGUGCUACCUGUGAUUGUCCCAAUUGUCAGGAAGCUGAACGUUUAGGACCAGCUGGUGCUCAUUUACGUAAAAAGAACAUCCAUAGUUGUCAUAUACCAGGCUGUGGUAAAGUUUAUGGAAAAACAUCUCAUCUAAAAGCACAUCUAAGAUGGCAUACAGGUGAAAGGCCAUUUGUUUGUAAUUGGCUUUUCUGUGGAAAACGUUUUACACGUUCCGAUGAAUUACAACGUCAUUUACGAACACAUACUGGUGAAAAACGAUUUGCAUGUCCAGUUUGUAAUAAACGUUUUAUGCGUUCUGAUCAUCUUAGUAAACAUGUUAAAACACAUAAUGGUAAUGAUGGAGGUGGUGGUAAUGUUAUUGGUAAUGUUAAAAAAGAAAAUGGAAAUUGUAGCGAUAAUGAAAAUAAUAAUCAACAAACAGCGCCCAAUCAUCAUAAUCAUAAUAAUAAUAAUCAUAAUAAUCAUAAUCAUAAUCAUCUUCAUCAUCAUCAGAUGACAACAUCACCCGGUAUUUUACCAUCAGAAUUAUCAAUCAAAUGGUGAUCAAAUAUGUGUAUUCACAAUAGUCAUUUGAUUAUUUAUAUGGAUUUAUUGACCAUUCGAAUUUUUGCAACAAAACAAAACUAAACGAAACGAAAAAACUUUGGCUUUCAAUCAAGAAUUGUAAACAUCUAAUCCAAGCUACAUCAACAUUCAUUCAUUGUUUUGUUCAUUGUUUUUUUCACACCCACACCCACACACACACACACCCACAAUAGUUCCAUUUCCACCCACAACACUUGAAGAAUCAACAAUGUAUCAUAAAAAAAAUAGUUGAAAUAGGAAUAGGUUUUUUUCUUUGGACAAAAAAAAAAAAAAACAAAAC